UCCUACGAAAAAUGCAUACAACACUCGUGAUCGUUACUCUCAUCACCGUUAACGCGGCUAAUAUCUACCAGGAAUGCGCAAGACUAUACAACCCAAACAAUUACAUGGUCCACCUACCCUCCCUGAGCUUACCCUACUUGGGCGACGUGCCCAUCCCUAAUAAUAUGCCGGCGAUCAGCCCGUCGCCGGUGGUGAAAACGAAAGCUAUCAAGGUGGUGACGAAGUAUAUUUACAAAAAUCCAGUUUGUGUGAAGUAUACCAAGAAAAAAGGGAUGUGCAAGCAGGAUAAUGGUGUCAAGCAGAAGGAUAACUUUGAGCAGCUGGUGACCAAGGAGUAUUUUGUGAGGGACAGGAAGCAUGAUUUCGUGGGGGGCAAUAAUCGACAUCGGAGAGGGAAUUGGGAAGAAGGCAGAGAAAAGGGUACGGGGCUAAGUGAUAACAACAGUUACCGAAAAGUAAGGCAGCUCGACGAAGAUAUCGACUACGAGGGAGAUUCGAAUGACCUCUUCGUCAAAGCCAGCGAAUCCCAAAUCCCGCCUUCGAAGGAAACUAAAAAAACUCCCACUCUGUCAGCAGAUAAAGUCGAAGAAAUGCUUAUCGAGGACCGACUUGACCAGCUGGAGACAAUUCUGCCCCAUUACACCAGGAGGAGGGUGUUCCAGACCUCCACCAUCACAGUAACCAAGGUGUUGAGCAACAGAAAGGCUACGGCGACGAUGUUGGUGAAGAAUUGCAUUCCUUACGGUUACGCUUUUUGCGAGCCAAUUGCGAGAAGUCGGAAAUCGAAAGUGGCUGAAACUGCUGACGACGAUAAUGAACAUUAUUAUGGAUAGAUGUGUCGUGUCAAACUUAAUUGAGAUGUCGUGAUAGAGAGCGAAAAUGACAAUGAAUAAUUUAUUUGCAUAUGAAGUGAAAAUUUGCCUUGUCUUUGUUGUAUGUUUCAAAUGAAAAUUGAGAAAGUUAAUUAUUAAUGUCGCUGACAUUAUUCAUCUUUUCUUCACUUGUUGUCUUUGGAAACUACAAUUUUCAGUGG